UAAGAAAGGAAUUCAGAAAUCCCAGGUCCUAGCAGAGAACAGCUCGCAUGCAAAGGCUACAGAUCGCCCGGAAAAAUCCACACGGGUGUUUUAUCGCCCUAAAAAUCAAGAGUGGUUUAUUAUUUUAUUUCGGGAAGAAUGGAAGAGAGGAAUCCUAUUUUUUAACCACUUCUCUCACUGCUUUUUUGUUGCUGUUCCUCUACUGGGCUUCCAGGAUGCAGCCUUCAGUGAUCUCCACUGAUGUUUCAUUAAAGCCAUAACACCCCUUUGUUCUUUUGGCUUUGUCCCCAGGGGGAGUGAAAAAGGGCUUUUUGGUUUUGAUUAAAAAAAAAAAGUUCAGAGAGGAGGGAGAGGGAGAAAAAUCCUUCCAGUCCUAACUCACUCAAGGAAGGUGUGAGCUUUUUCUCUCCCCUUCUCCUGCUUUUCCCUUCCCCUCUCCAGGCUGGAUCAUGUUUUUUUCUGCCACUUGGAUUAUUUCAGCGCUUGCAGCCAUGACCCAUCUUCCCUUGGCUCCCUGGAUUACUUCUCCUCUGCUCUAAGGAGUUUACAGAUCGUGGAUCGAGAACCCGAACCCCCCCAAAAACAUCAAGCUAGAAGUCAGAAUUUGUGGUAGCCAUGAGUUCUGCUGGGGUGCUGACCUGUAUGCCCGACUCAAGACAAAUAUUCAGGGAAACGUCAUUGCGCCCACCUGUGCCGGGACAGGAGACUAAAAAUUACAAGGCUGAGAAAUUCACUAUGGACCACCAGCACUUGGAACAGCCAAUGAAAUGCAAGGAAGACUCUCUUCGGCAAGCGGAAGGUUGUGCAGCACAUGAUUCCCGCUUCUCUCGUUGGGGCAGAUCCCUCAAUAUGUUGUUGGAUGACCAAGAUGGUGCAACACUUUUUCGUAUGUAUCUGGAAGGGCAGGGACUAGUGGAUCUGUUAAGUUUCUGGUUUGCAUGUAAUGGCUUUAGAGCCAUGGACCCAGAGGAACCGAAGACUUCAAAGACCGCUAAAGCCAUAUAUCGUUGGUAUGUACAAAAUAGCCAAGCUGUUUCAGGACGUUUAAAGCCAGCCACUCGGUCUCAAGUCAAGGACUGUGUCAAGAACCAACAGCUGACUAGAACUUUGUUUGACCAGGCUCAGCAGGAGAUUCAGAGGGCCAUGGAACAGGAGGCCUUUCCGUCUUUUUUGCAGUCUGACAUUUGCAAGGAAUAUGCUCAUGCUGUUGAGGACAGUCCUACCCCAGACAGCCCAGGACCUGGACUUCCAACCUUGUGAGGAAGGGCUGAGGAAGAGGAAAUUGGUGGGUUACACCACAUUCCGGGUGGUUUGGGUGCCAUGGGAAAAGUCAACCGUGCCUUCACACGUAUCCCACCAAGAAACCAAAGGUCCAAUCUACGCAGAACUGAACCACUUUACCAGUACUUUGCUCCAGCAGCUAGUAUCAAUGACAGCGAGAUUUCAAGUGAUGCCCUCACUGAAGACAGUAUGUCCAUUACAGAUGGUAGUGUUGAUGGAAUUCCCCCAUACCGUUCCAAAAAGCAACGAGAAAUCCAUAGAAGUGUCAGCACUAAUGGUCAAGUGCCUCUGCCUUUUGUUCCAAGAACUAUGCGCCCCCCAGCUGAUAUGAUGCCAUCCAAUCCUGUGGAGUUUGCAGCUAAAUUGACAAUGGCAUUGGAAAAAGUUAAGAAACAGAGAGAUGCCGAAGAACAACUGGAGGAGAGGUUACAAAGGUUGAAGGAGGAAGAAGAGAAAGUUGAUUAUGACAUCCCGGCAUCCAGCCAUGACACUCCACCAGCAGCUGCUCUUGAAGAUGACCCACAAUCCAUCCUUGAUGACCAUGUCUCAAGAGUCUUGAAGACACCGGCAAAUCUGUCACCUAGAUCACAGUCCCCUUUCAUUCAAAGGAAAGCCAAAGGUCAAGCAACAUUUGGCAAAGGUCAAAGUUUAGCUUCCUGUCACUUAAGGCCAAAAGCUCUUCCAGGGAUGGAAACGCCUGUCGCACAGAACAUUGAACAGCGGGGAUCUGUGAGUUCCCAGGGUACAAGGAGUUACAGAAAGACAGAAGGUUGUGCGCAGUCUCACAAACUAGAAGAAGGAAACCCACCUGCAGGACUGACUACUCCACUUUCACCUGAGCAAGAAGUAGAACGUAGCCACAGUGUCUUGCAGUGGGUUCUGGAGAGUGCAAAGAUGAUGAAAAAACAUCACCGGGAUGUUAACACAAGUUUAAGCCAUUGCCCCGAAGUAAAGAAGACGACACACAGGGCAGCAUCCCAGCCAGCUCAUCUCUUCCUACAGGAUACUUCCAUGCCACCACUUAAUGCUCCAAACACUCUGGACCAACUGGAAGAAGCUCGUCGGCGUCUUGUUGAAGACAAGAGAGUUCCUAAACUGCACAAGCCCAGGUGUGUGCAGUCUGCGACACUUAAAGAAAAAAGUAAAGCCGCGGAGAGUGUUUCGUCUUCUGCUUUCUCCACUCUUAAAUUCUCUGAAGAGCUUAAGUCGGCCAAAAAGAUGAAUAGUGACCAAGGGCAAGGAGGUUUAGCGAUUGUCUAUUACUUCUGUGGAGAGCGGAUUCCGUACAUGAUUCGAACAAAGGAGCCCACUUUGACUUUGCAGGAAUUUAAAGAGCUGCUUAGUAAGAAGGGAAGUUACAAAUAUUAUUUCAAAAAGGAGAGCCAAGAGUUUGAAUGCAAUGCUGUAUUUCAAGAGAUAUCCGAGGAAGAUGCUGUUCUGCCAUUAUAUGAUGAGAAGAUUAUCUGUAAAGUGGAAAGAGCAUGCUGAACGUACACUUGAUGCAAGUGGAAAGCAAUUCUCACUGCUGCUGUCUUAGAAUUGAGAAGCCGAGCUGUGUUUAUGGACCAUGCGGCAAGUGGGUUCCCACAGUGUCUAAAGCUCUGAGGGAUCACUACAAAAUUGGAUGCAGGAUGGAUCUCGGAAUGGCAACUGGUAAAGUUUGUGGUCUUCUGAAGAUAUUGAUACAGUAUACCUAUAGGAGGAAAUGAAAAUGAAACGCCUACCUGCAAAGCAAGUCUAGUUGGUGUUGUGUGCAAGAUGCAGUAUGAUAGACCUUUGGGUUGAACGUGAUUUCUUAUAAUGGAUACAAGUGCUGGCUUCUGCUAUAGGAAGAAAAAAAAUGUUGACAUGGGAAGGGGAAAAGGUUGAUCCCAAUGAGACAACUUAUUUCCGGAAAGUUUAUGGCCACUACGUUUUAUUCAGGUACAUUGUAUGUACACGCUUCUGGUGUAUUUAUAUAGCACAUGGCUUCGUUUUGGUGGACAAGAGCGGCAUUGCCACAGAACAUGGCGCAAUUAUUGCUACGUUGAAAAUUACCACUAUGGAACUCUGAAUUGUGAGCAUCAAGCACUCUGAUCAUAUAGAAAUGCUGAAUCACUCGUUCAAAGAAUUCUACUUCAAGUGUGUGAGAUUUAAAAGGAGCAUGGAGAGGAAGAUGGUGCAAUUACGUAAAGGAUUAAAACAAACUUUCCAACAAUAUUUGGAGCAAAUAAUCGAAGAGCAAUUGUUUUCAUUAUUUCUGGUUCCCAAGCUAUGCAAAACAGUUGAUCAAAAUGCUGCUAAAAUGACUGCUGGUGGCAUUCUUGUCUAGUUUGUAAUGCAAGAAUUCACAGCCAUAAGGAUCAGAGGGAUAUUGCCAUCUACCAUUUUACAUUGUCUAUUUUUAAUAUAUUUUUGAAUAUAUCAAUUUAAAAAAAAAAUUAAAAAAAUCUGGUACUAGUUCUAAAAUAUUGGGAUAUGCUGGCCCUCUGGAUUUUUACUUGCAAAUUGGAGGUCCUGAACAAGUUACCUUUUGUUCUGUUUUAGGAACAGAUUGGAUUAUUUUGUCAUGAGGUGUUCUAUAUUAUAUUUGCCAUCUCCCACAAGACCUUUUGAUCCAGCCAGAAUAGGCACAUUGGAUUUUAAUGUGUGCAGUAAGAUUGAAUUUAUUUUGGUCACUAUGAUACUGUUGAGCUAAUGUGUUAUCUAAAUUGAUGGACACCCAUAACUGAAGCCAUAUAAACUAUGUGCUGAACUCUGUUUUAAGAGUUAAUAUUGUCCCUUGAUUAUAUUAAAGGGGUUGUUUGCCUUCUGUACAUAUUUAAAAAGGAAAAAAACGAAAAAACACAAAAUGCCUUUUUAUUUAAGCAAUAAUAAAUGUCUGGACAUUUUCUGGGUGUCUGGAUCUCUUGCAUAGUUUUGAAAGCUGUAUAUGAAACGAGUGAUUUGGCCAUAGUAUAUGGAUCUAUAUUGAGUCUAGUAGGUACAUCUCUGAGCUUGUUCACAUUACUAUUCUAACAGAAAAAUUGCCACGAUUUAAGAAUGGUAUCAUUCUAUACCACCCAGUCCCACUCUUCCCCCAGUGUUAUGUAAACUUUAAUAUUUGGUACUUAAACAUAUUUUGGAGUCUUCAACACUUAGAUCUUCUGUUAUGGCCAAAAUCACAGCUAAUGUAUUUGUAAGCUUAGUUCACUCGUGAACUGUUAAUUUAGUGGUAUUUCAUCUGAUAAAUUCUCUAAUGAAGCUGUUUAUCUGAUAAGUUCUAGCUUGUUCCUGUUUUAUACCCCUGUUCCACCAGAAAACCCUGGUUCGACCUGGGUAAUUAAACACUGUUUCACGCUGUGUCACAGCGACUUGAAACAGCGUUUACACCACAGGCUUGACCCGGGUUAGUGUUGUGCGUUCCUGUACCAACGCUUGGAGAUGACAUAAUCUCCAAGCCCCGGUGAGCCUUCUUUUCAUAGGUUUUUAAGCAUUACCCAGGUCACCCAUUUACACCACAAGUUACCUGGGUCCUACUCUGGUUCGAUCCUGGUAGCUACUCGGGUCGGUUUCCCAUGUAACUGGUCCCAGGGUUAAUUUUCAGAGACCUCUUAACACCAAACGUUGGCCUGGGCUGCCCAGUCAAUACCCCGGUUACUUGUUUGGUGGAAAAGAGGUAUUUAGUGUGGGCAGAUUGUUAGAAUGGGCUUGCGCUCUGGCACAGUAAUGCAUUGACAAGCAAGUGUAGCUGUUGGUCUGAUACAGAAAUGGGCAUCAUUUUGUGUACCAGGCCCAGACUGGGCAUACGGCACUUCUGGGCUAUGACAGAAGGACCUUAGUGGAAAAGUACUGAGGUUUGAUGAAAAUGCAUAAUUUGCCUUCUAGGUACAGCUUUCUAUCCUGGAAUAAUCCAACAUUUGGAUAGUCAAAGUCAGAGGUUCUCAAACGUGGUCCUCAAGGCACCCCAGUGGUUCAGGUUUUAUGUUUAUCCAUGCUUCACUGCAUGUAACUUAAAUAGCUCCUCAGUCAAUUGUAUCUAACCAUCUGUGCUAAUCUAUGGAUAUCCCUUAAACCUGGACAUUGGGGGUGCCUUAAAGACUACGUUUGAGAACCUCUGGCCUAGUUCAAUCUGUACUGUGUAAGUUCUUUAGAAAUAACCCCCUAACCCCCACUUAAUAGGUGUUUUAUAGUUCCAAUCUGAUCUUUGCACACUUGUGACAUCCAAAGGCAUUCUAGUCACUUUGAGGGAGAAAUGUUAAAUUUUUCACCAAAUGCCAUGUGUAUCGUCCAAUCAUACCAAGAUGAUCUUUGGUACAUAAAGAAAGCUGUGUGUGCCCCCUUACAUAAUGCAUCUCCAAUAUGUCACACUUUGGUACUAAAGCAAAGUUGAUUUUGUUCCUGCAGUGCUUGCUUAGAGCUAGACCUUCUUUUUUUUCAUCCCUAUACAGGGAAGGACACAUGUUUGAGUGGGCCACCCUUAUCCAUGCACUUGAUUUGAUACUUGUUGCCACCAUCAGUGUGCACCCACCAUACUCUUGUUCAAGAGAAGUCUGAAAAUGGGUGUACUAGCUUGCGCCUCCAGCCAACUUUAUAUAGUAAACAAUUCCCAAAACACACUCUGGCUCCUUCUGUUGCAUGGUGAGAUGCAUCUAAAUUACUCUACAUUGCCUGUACAUGCCUGCACAGUGCACAAACACACACGCUGUGCUCCACGGAUGGGCGUAUGUUAAACUCUGCGUCAUCCAUUUAAUUUGGUGCUGACAUAGCAAGUCCUGUUCUCGACCACUGGGGCUGGUAGUUCUACUCUCAAAAACUGAUGUAGGUCAAAUGCUCUUGAAAUACCUACAUUUAAUCAAUACCAGCAUUACAUGUAUAAAUACUUUUUUUUAUUUUUUUCUGGGAAACAAAUUGUAAAUGUUUUAUAAAUUAAAUUGACUAUUUAAUAAUUCAUAUUAAUAAAGUAUUGUUAUCAUCUUGGUAAUGUUGCCAGGAUAGUCUAAACAUUGCCACACCUGUUUUAUAGGUGUUAAGUAAGAAGCGGUGGUAGUUGUUACAGAGAAAAUAAUUAAAACUAUAUAUAUUUUUUUUUUUUCUUCCUGUGACAAUAGACAACAAUGUGGUGGCCAAUUAUUCACCAUCAGUUUUAUACAAUAAUUCAUAUUUUUAUAUCUAAAUAUAUACAUGUAUAUAAAUACAUUGUUUUAUAUAUUUCAGAGUGAUAAAGUUGUAUAAAAUGUAAAACCUUUGCUAUUCUACAAAUGUACAAAU